AUGACACUCAAAACAGUUACCAUUGUCAACGAUGGCGGUGUCUAUGACAUCAGCAAUGACAAAGAAUUCGAUCGUUUGUUGGCAUCGCUCGAAACAAAGUUCUUAGAAAAUGCUGAAACGAAACGAAGGGUGCUUGGAUUUGAAUCGCUAGUGAAUGGAGGAACCUACACGGUUAAGGCCUCUAGCAAUACUGUUGCUACAAAUGAAGUAUCUACUAAUGUUGCGCACCAGCGAGAAACAUCAAAUAUAGCUGCAGCACGUCACCCAGUGUUAAAUCAGCCACAAGAAGGCAAAGCAAAUCCAAGCAACAUCAUGAACGGUAUUGACUAUGAUGAAGCCAACAAGAAAAGGCCGGCUCAAGUAUGGACUAUCGACAAAACACAGAGAACAAAGAAGCAGAAGAUUCCGAAGGAAAACAAAGCACAACAAAAGAAGAAACAGAAGGAAUCGAAUGACGAUGGAACAAUCAUCAUCAGCUGUGACAGUGAUGACGCAGGAGAGACUAACAACAAUAAGGUGACCGAAGAAUGUCUUAUUGGUACGCGUCAAAAGGAGAUUGAAUUGAGUAAAGCCAGCACAUGCAUGAAUGACGGGAUUAUCUUGUACGGCCAAGGCAAUUAUACGGAAGCAGUUCCUCUUUUCCAAGAGGCUUUUGAGAUUCGAUUGAAGGUUCUUGGAAAUCGCCACAUGGAGGUGGCUUUGCCUUUUAGUUAUUUAGGCAUCUGCUUGUUAGCCAUGGGGCGAUAUGACGAGGCGUUGACGAAUCAUCGAAAGGCACUUGAUAUUCGGUCAGAAGUACUUGGCAAUCGUCACGUUGACACUGCCAAUUCUUACAACAAUGUCGGGAUCGUUUUGGUUAAUCAACAGAAAUACGACGAAGCAUUGACGAAUAUCCAAAAGGCACUUGAUAUUCGAUUGGAAGUACUUGGCAAUCGCCAUAAAGACACUGCCAAUUCUUACAACGAUGUCGGGGUCGUUUUGGUCAAUCAACAGAAAUACGACGAAGCGUUGACGAAUCACCAAAAGGCACUUGAUAUUCGAUUGGAAGUACUUGGCAAUCGCCAUAAAGACACUGCCAAUUCUUACAACAAUGUCGGGGUCGUUUUGGUCAAUCAACAGAAAUACGACGAAGCAUUGACGAAUCACCAAAAGGCACUUGAUAUUCGAUUGGAAGUACUUGGCAAUCGCCAUGUUGACACUGCCCAGUCGUACUCCAACCUUGGAAUUGUCUAUGAGAAUCAAGUGAAAUAUAAGAAAGCUAUGGAGGCAUAUCGACAAGCUCUCGACAUUGAAUUGAAAGUCCUUGGCAAUCAUCAUGAUUAUGUUGGCGACGCAUAUGAAAGGAUGGGACGAGUAUUGACCAAACAAAACCAACAUGCCAAAGCCCGUGUCAUGUACCAACAGGCUCUUGAUAAUUACUUGAAGUCUCACGGUGCGCAACAUAUAUCGGUUGCAAGUGUGCGACAGGCGAUUGCAAAGGGUUUGGAACUCCAGGGCCAACCCAACUAG